UGGGAAGAGUGCUCCUCACGUACUUCAUUCUUCACAUCUUAUAUUAUAUAUUAGGGUGAGAGAGAGAGAAUAAGCAAAUAUACUCACAAAUCACAAAUUUUUCGAUAAUGAAGAUGAAGCUGCACUAUUUCUCUGUCUUUAUUUUCCUUUGUCAACUCAAGUUGUUGAUGGUUAUGUCAGGCUCCAUACCACUACUUCGGAAACCCAUCACUGCAAUUUCAUCAAAGCCUCAUAUUUCACCAAAUAAUUUGCCUUUUAAAGAUAUCCUGUCUUCCUCUUACUAUCUUAACACGUGCCCACAAGCUGAAGGAAUUAUCCAACAAAAGGUGAAAGCUUGGUUCCAGAAGGAUUACUCUUUGGCUGCUAGCAUCAUUCGCUUGCACUUCCAUGACUGUGCUGUUAGGGGAUGUGAUGCUUCAAUUUUGCUGAACUAUAAAGGAAGUGAAAGAAGGGCUUUGGCCAGCAAGACACUAAGAGGUUUCCAAGUGAUUGAUGAUAUUAAAGCAGAAGUAGAGAAAAGGUGUCCCAAAACUGUCUCUUGUGCAGACAUUCUCACAGCUGCUGCUAGAGAUGCCACUGUUCUACUUGGAGGUCCAUUCUGGGAAGUCCCUUUUGGUCGAAAAGAUGGAAAAUUUUCAUUUUCCAAAGAAGCUGACAUGGUUCCUCAGGGCCACGAAAACGUGACUGCAUUGAUUGAUUUUUUCCAAGCAAGAGGCUUGAGCAUACUAGACUUGGUUGUCCUCUCAGGUUCACACACAAUAGGCAGGAGCACUUGCUAUUCAAUUCUGCAUAGGCUAGCCAAGUCUGACCCUACACUUGAUAGGAAAUAUUUGAAGAACUUGACAAGGUCAUGUAAAUGGAGCUAUGACUAUGUAAAUCUUGAUGUGGCAACUCCAGUAACUUUUGAUGUACAGUAUUACAAGAAUCUUGGAAAGAAUAUGGGAUUGCUAUCAACCGACCAAGCACUCUACUUGGAUCCAAGAACUGCACCUUUUGUUUCUGCAUUGGCAACUCAGCCAGAUCUCUUCUUUAACCAGUUCGCGGUUUCUAUGGUGAAUCUUGGAAAUAUUCUAAUCCCAUCUACUCCAAAUCAGAAGGAAAUCAGAUUGAAUUGCAAUUAUGUCAAUCCUUGAAUAUUAUCUUACCAUUUGAUUCUCCUGGUUCGUCUUAAAUAAUUAAAUUGAUGUUGUUCAUCUUUGUUUCAUAGUAUAUUGGAGUCUAAU